AUGGCACACGUAAUGGAACACCCAGACACCACAAACCCAACGGCUUUCGACCCCUACUCAACAAACGAUAUAUUCCUCCUUACAAGCUUGACCUCGGGGUCUUCCGCUAUCAUCACGGCAACCAGUCGUCUUGAGCAUCUUCUCAAGUCACAUAAAAUUCCCUUCAAGCCAGUAGAUCUGGCCACCGAUGUACGUGCGCGCCGGAUCUGGUCUAACAAGGGGAAUGGUCGUAGACUACCUGGUGUAGCUAGAGACGGUGAGAUCUUGGGUGUAAGUUUCCUUCCUAAAUCCAUCGAUGUGUUCUCAUUCGCAGGCGAGAAAGUUUGGGCUAACGAAGGGGAUGACAUAGAACUUCGAAGAACUAGAGGAGUGGAAUGAGUACGGGGAGCUCAAACAGAGGCUCGGAAUCAAGAAGACCAAGAAGAAGAAGAAGAAGGCUGACAGCGAGAAGAAAGGGGAGGGGAAGAACGUUAUGGACGGGAGCACAAGCGGGCCGGCUGCUAUGGUUGGGUCGAAGCCAAACGCUGAAGCUAUGGUUACCCCUGAUGGCAGUGGCGCAGGAAGCGGUGCCACUGUUGCUGCUGCUGCCGCCGCGGUCGCGGCGGGCAUGAAGAAGGGUAAGGGAUUGAAGAGCGCAGUCGAGGGAGUCGAGGGUAAGAAGGAGACUGGGUCAGUCACUGAAACCAAGGGUAAUGCCAACGUUGAGGUCGAGACUACGGUUGGCGAUGGGGAGUCUUCAGAAAAGGGGAAGGAGGUUGCUAAGGAGGAAAUCAGGGCGGAAAUACCUGUUCAGGUAGCUGAACCUGUUAUCGAAGAAACUGUCUCUGAAGAAAAGGUUGCUGAGCAGAAGGAAUUACUAAAGCUCCAGCCCACUAUUACCGAAGAGAAGGAAGAACUAAAGUUAGAGGUUGAGGAAGUUACCGAGAAGGAUGAGCCAAAGUCCGGAUCCGUUACUGAAAGGAAGGUCGCUGAGAAAGUUAGUCCAAGGUCAGUGACUGAAGAAGUUGCGGAAGUAGAACCCGGAGUCGAGGCCGUUCUGGAGGGGGAAGUUAUCGCGAAAGAAGAAUCAACCGCCGAGACUGCCCCCGGAGAGAAAGUUGUUGAAGAGUGCGGGCCCGAGCCAGAGACUGAGGAACCUGCCAAAACCGAAGAAUCGAGGACGCUUAAUGAACCAGAGACCGCCGAAGAAUCAACCCCUCAGCCUGAGGUAAUCGUCCUCAUCGAGAAACAUGAAGAUAUAAAGGAACCCGAGGAGGAGGUUCUUGAGAAAGAGGAACCAGCCACAGGGACCAAACCUGAAGAAACCCCUACCCCUACCGAAGCCAAAGAAGAGGACGUAAAGGCUGAGCCUGAGGAGAAAGUCGAACCCAAGGCGGAGGACACUAAGGUUGAAGAAGUCGAGGAGAAAACUGAGCCUGGGUCUGAGGUGAAGGUUGGGGAAACCAAAGGGGAAGUGAAAACCUCUGGGCCCGAGGAUAAAGUCGAGAGAGCUAAAGAAGAAGUAAACCCCUCAGAGCCUGGGCCGGAGAAUGCAGCUGCCGAAGAAGCUAAGGAGGCAGUGGUUCCUGGGCCUGCCAAGCCUAACGCCGAAGAAGCCAAAGUGGAGAAUGUCACCGCACCCGAGGAGCUGAGGGCGGCGGAGGUCGAGGAACAGAAACCUGUUAAGGUCGAGAAGUUAAGAGUGGGUGUCAGGGAAACCAAGGAAGAGGAUAGGCCCGCCGAGACCGAAAAGCCCGAGGUUAAGGAAGCCAAAGGGGAGGAAAUUCCUGGGCACCCGGGGCCUAAAGAAGUCGGGGCCGGGGCCAAGACGGCGAAGUCCCCGAUACCAAAGGAAGAGCCUGCUUCCUCGAAGCCUGCAACACCUAAACCAGUCAAAACAACCCCAGCCCCUACUGAGGCCCCGAAGCCAACUGAAGCAUCAAAUGCUGCUGAACCGCAAAGACCCAGAUCUGAGCCCACCGACACACCCACCCCGGACCCCCCUCAACCCAAAGAAAAGUCGGCAAUAGAAAUAACCGAAGAAGCCCUUGCAAAGGGUAAGUCCACCCCCCCACCUUCACAUAAACCGCAACCCAAAAGAACACCCCCCUAUAGUGAACUCACUGAAGACAUUACCCUUUCUUCAAGAUACCAAUACUCCUACUCCUCCUUCCCCCGCGGUGCGAUCCCAAGAAUGAAAAAAAGAAUCACCAAAUUGGAAAAUGGAUAAACCA